AUGUGGAUCAAUAAUCAAAAAGAUGAGCAAAUAAUAUCAUUAGCAGCUGCUUUUAUCUUAACUGCUGUUGGCACUGCAUAUAUGUCGCCGAUAAUUUAUCAAAAUCGUAGCUUACGAAUUGGUAUUACGAAGAAAUUUUUUCGCCAUAUUGCUUAUACCAAUUUAAUUAUAUCGAUCUUAUCGACAUCGAUCUCGUCCAUCAUUAAUUCACAUCUAGUAAAUCAUCAGUUAUGCUCUUCAUGUCCAUUACUAUCCGAUCUUCUACUGACAUUAGCCAUCGUUUGUAUAUUUAUUCGUAUGACAGUCGAACAGUACGGUGAUUUAAUGAAAACUAUUCAACGUAAUCAAUUGCCUUUUCUACUUCGUCGCCGUAUUCUCUAUCCAUUCGUUAUUCUGAUUUGUUCAAUAUGUAUCUCAUUCUAUGGUGAUGAUCAUUUACCAUCCAAUAUUGAUGAAAUCUCUCCUAUUCGCGAUGAUCACAAUGCCACAUCCAGCUGUGCUACAAUUUGGACCAUCUUUUUAGCGCAUAACAACAGCACGAAGAGUCAAGGCAAGAAUAGAUUACUGACAUUCAUGCCCAAUUCUAUCUCGGAUGAUAUUUAUCAACGCGUUGAGCAAUUAUCUAAACCAUUAUGGAGAACAUCAAUUACUUAUUUUAUAACAGCAAUAUUAAUCUAUAUUGGCUACAGUUGGAUAUUAAGUACAGUAUGGAUUAAGGCACGCCGGCAUAGUUUAGCUUCUGCUUCAGGUAAAAUGAGAAAGAGAGCAAAUUCUUCACAAAAAUCUUCUAAAUGGCAAUUAUUUUAUUUGAUUGAUACUUUCGGCAAUCAGUUGAAUAAACUCUACAUUAAUGUAACCGAUGAAUGUAGUGCUCACUUCUAUCUACCGAUAAUGUUAAAAUCGUCAUUAAUUUGGAUCCCUUUACGUUUAUGGUAUAUUGUGGUAUUUGCAAAGCAAUCGCCAUACUUUCUACCAGGCGAUAUGCCUGCUGUGGUAUCUUGGGUUUGCUUAUCCAUGACCAUAUGCAGUCCAUUUGGUUAUUGCUUUAGUGGUGAUCGUAAGCACUUUAAAAAUCGUUUAUGGGAUGUGAUGGGUUUGAUUCGAGAAGAGAAAAAAUUAAAAUUUAGCGAUGGAAAUAAGCAUCUGAAAGACCAUAAUUGUAACUUUGAUCCACUAACCACUUCUAAGGAUUCAUCAAACCUUAGCAAUCAUGAUCAACAACCACAGAAACGGCGCAGUAAUUCUUUAGAUUCAUCGAGCUCUACUCCAAUUUCUGAAAUCGAUGGCAAAACGAAACGAAAAAGCGUCCGUUUCAGUGCAUGUAUAGAAACUAUCGAUUAUGUAAAAAUGGAGAAUAAAGACUCUGAAGAUGAUGAAGAUUACGUUUUUGAAUACCUUUGA